AGUGGUCGUGCGGAUCGUCGCCGACCUCUGCACCAGGGGCGGGCGCGCUGGCUGAUCUGGGUAAGGGGCGGGAGCGAGGACCCGAUGCCGGCUAGAAGAGGCCGUUAUGGCUUCGGCUGGAGGCGGCCACUGUGAGGGCGCCGCGCCGGAGGCCGACCGUCCCCACCAGCGGCCCUUCCUGAUCGGGGUGAGCGGCGGCACUGCGAGCGGGAAGUCAACUGUGUGUGAGAAGAUCAUGGAGCUGCUGGGACAGAACGAGGUGGACCACAGGCAGCGCAAGUUGGUCAUCCUGAGCCAGGACAGGUUCUAUAAGGUCCUGACGGCAGAACAGAAGGCUAAGGCCUUGAAGGGACAGUACAAUUUCGACCACCCAGAUGCUUUUGAUAAUGAUUUGAUGCACAGGACUCUGAAAAACAUCGUGGAGGGCAAAACUGUUGAAGUCCCAACCUAUGAUUUUGUGACCCACUCUAGGUUACCGGAGACCACGGUGGUCUACCCUGCGGACGUGGUUCUGUUUGAGGGCAUCUUGGUGUUCUACAGCCAGGAGAUCCGGGACAUGUUCCACCUGCGCCUCUUCGUGGACACAGACUCCGACGUCAGGCUGUCUCGAAGAGUUCUCCGCGACGUGCACCGAGGGAGGGAGCUGGAGCAGAUCCUGACCCAGUACACCACCUUCGUCAAGCCCGCCUUCGAGGAGUUCUGCCUGCCGACAAAGAAGUAUGCAGACGUGAUCAUCCCUCGUGGGGUUGACAACAUGGUUGCCAUCAACCUCAUCGUGCAGCACAUCCAGGACAUCCUGAAUGGCGACAUCUGCAAAUGGCACCGAGGAGGGUCCAACGGGCGGAACUACAAGAGGACCUUUUCUGAGCCAGGAGACCACCCCGGGGUGCUGACCUCCAGCAAACGGUCACACUUGGAGUCCAGCAGCAGACCCCACUGAGGGUCUGCCGGGGCAGCUCUCCUGAAGGGCACGUGCAUUCGGGACCUGGGCCUGGAGGUGCCCACCUGCUUCUGGGAACGCACCCACCGCUUCCUCUCCAUGCGUGUCCCCGAGUGGGUUAGGAUCAGGCCUCCUGUACUUGCGAGUGGAAGCCUGGACGUGUCGUUCAAACUCAAUUGGACAGAAUAUUGACAGGGCGUUCCUGAGGUUUUCACCUGCUUCCCCAGGUUUUGGGAGGUUUAAAAAUCUCUCUGGGUCACUGAGAAAUGCCACAGAACGUGUGGCAAGCCUAAGCCCGCUUGCUUCUGCAAGGAGUGCAAGUCAUGCACAGUUGGGGAAACUGAGGAAACAGCCGGGACGCCAUGGCUGGCCUGGUGUUUUUUGACAGGGAACCCAGAGGAACGUUUUCCAGUCUCAUGUGGUUCACACACACACAUAACUGAAAUGUUUGUGGGAGAAUCCUUUCCUCUUCACGUGUUACACAUCUCAGUGAUUUGUUUUGUUCUGUAUCAUAGCACAAGGCCGGCUGUGACCUAUGAGCCUGGUUUCACGGUCGCAGUCAGGAGUGGCAAACACCGAUGAGAGGAGCCACAGACGGAUGGCUCCCUCCUCCCCCGCUGUGGUCAGAGGCAGAGGAGUGGCAGGAGCCUGGGGAGCAGCCGGCGUCAGCAUAGCCGGCAGGGCUCUUGGGUCCAGGCCGUGGCGCCUGUGCAGUGGGCGGGGCAGCGGCGGUCAGGUCUAUCCCGGCCAGGACACGUUGUCUGCGCACAGUCCUGGCCCCCCACCCAGCAGCAGGAGCCCGAGCCCAAGGUGCUGUAUGUGGACAGGCUGUCCCCAGUGUAGCUCGCGGCCACAUCCAGGGCAUGGUGCAUCCAGCCAGCACUCGUGCCGGACUGUGGAGGUUCCAGUGAGUGCGGCUGCCCGAGGCCGCCCAGUGUCCCUUAUGCUAGUCCUGUGCUCACGGCUUCAGAAGUGAUCUGUGUCUGUGUCCAAGUGUGUCUUCCCUCCCACAUGAUGGCUGUUUCUGUGAGGUGUCCCUUGCCACUGUCAUGAGCCAGACUGCACAGGCAGCUCUGGGCUUCUUUCCAUCCCGUGUAACUCACCGUAGUGACGCAGACACGAGGUGAGCGUUGGAGCUGUGACAGUUUUGUCAAGCUCAGGCCCUUUCCGAGGGAAAUGAAUAAACAACACCG